UGUAUUCCCUCAGUCACACGAUUAUUUAUUUAUUUUUUUGGCUGAAUAGUCACGAACGAAUUUAAACUCAGGCAAUGGUUUCUCAUCCUAGUUUAAGUUUAAGCUGCUUACCAACUCCAACUAUAUCUUGUUUCAUUUCCUCAAAAACCCAAUUACAAAUUGGCUUCAAGUCGAAGCUUUUUGUAUUGGGUUCACCAAAACCCAAGAGGGUUUCAUUAUCAAUCCGUGCAAUGGGCUCCUCAGCUUCUUCCCAGAAACCAGACAGUAUUCAAGAGGCAGGAAGCAUUGACUAUAAAUCUCUAAGUGAUGAAGAAUGGAAGAAGCAGCUCACAGGGGAACAAUUUUACAUUACUCGUCAAAAGGGGACUGAGAGAGCUUUCACUGGGGAAUACUGGAACACCAAAACCCAUGGAACUUACAAUUGCAUAUGCUGUGACACUCCUCUAUUUGAAUCAUCUACUAAAUUUGAUAGUGGAACUGGCUGGCCUUCUUAUUACCAACCUAUAGGAAGCAAUGUAAAAUCAAAGUUAGAUUUGUCGAUUAUUUUCAUGCCUCGCCAGGAAGUUCUGUGUGCUAUUUGUGAUGCUCAUCUUGGCCAUAUCUUUGAUGAUGGUCCACCUCCCACAGGAAAGCGUUAUUGCAUCAAUAGUGCUUCCCUGAAAUUGAAACCGAAGCAGUAGAGAGGGGCAUACAAGCAAACCAGAAAGAUAUUAUUGUUGUAUCUGCUCAUUCUCUAGCCCCUGCUCUUUAAGUCUUGUGACAACUACGUAAGCUUUUUUUUUAUUUUUAUGAAAGACUUGUAAUUUUAUUAAGUUAAAGAGAAAUUCAAUAUAUCCUGAGCCAAAGCCAACUCAAUGAUACCGAUACCCGAAUUUUCCUCCACCCAAGUUACAUAAUUACCAAUCCCCUUGGCAUAUUGAACCAAAAUAGCGCCAGUUUAUUACCGUCUUGCUUAACAUGUGAAACUUGUAUAGAUCAAAAAUCCUGUAAUCUAUGACAAAUACUAUGUUACAAA